UUUCACCUUAAACCCCCGAUUCUGAAACACCCUCACAUUCUCCAUUUCGCCUCUCUCCCACUGCGACCUUCAUCCCCGUUGCUCAAAAACACUAAACCCCCUUUUCUUCUCCUCGUCACAGUCGGCCGUCGGAACAGCUUACGUCAUCGCCGCUCUGGGGGCAUGGCUUGUAUACGAAAUGGCAGAAAUGCCCUCCGUCAGAUCAUCAGAGACACUCACAACGUCGUCCAUUCUUCCGAGUCGGAGCGCAUGAUGAAUCCUCUGGUUUUCGCUUGCCAAGGAGUUCGGCAUAGGAAAUUGGAAGUGAUUUUGACGACGAAUGUGGAUAAGCUCGGCAAGGCCGGUGAGACUGUGAAGGUUGCGCCGGGGCAUUUCCGCAACCACUUGAUGCCGAAAUUGCUUGCUGUACCCAACAUUGACAAGUAUGCCUAUCUCAUAAGACAGCAGCGAAAGAAUGCCCCCCUGGAAGAAGAGGAGGAGAAGGAGGAGGUUAAAGUGGUUACUGUGUCCGAGGAAGUUAAGAUGAAAGAAUAUGAAAAGGCAGCGAAGCGUCUGGAUAAUGCUCGUCUGGUAUUGCGGAGGAACAUUAAUCUUGAAAAGUUCAGGACACGUGCAACAAAGGAAGACCCUAUAGAAUUGCGUUCUACUGUGACCAAGGAGGAUAUUGUGGCUGAGGUGGCAAGGCAGCUUUCUAUAGGCUUAGAACCUGAGAACGUGCAUCUACCAUCUCCAUUGUCAACUGUAGGAGAGUAUGAGGUACCACUGCGCCUUCCGAGAUCCAUCCCUUUGCCGGCAGGGAAGGUUCAUUGGACACUUAAUGUUAAAAUCCGAUGCGCAUAAGCAUUGGUAUUUCUCAACUUGGUUCUCUCAGAAUGUCUUCUAGCUCACAGUUUUGAUUCUUGCAAUCUGAGAAUUGUUGUAGUGGCUGAUGUACUUAUGGAAUCAAAGACAUUCCUAUAGUAGUAAACCCCUUUUCUUCAAGGAUUAGUUUCUCUUGGUCUCUAUUAGCAGUUGAUGCCAAAAUGACUUUCAAUAAAAUGGUUCUCCCACAUUUAUGUUCUU